AUGCAGCGCCUGGCACCUCUCCUGCUCUGCCUGGGCCUCUGGGCUGGGCUGGGCAGCACCGUCAUCCCAGUGGAGGAGGAGGAUCCAUCCUUCUGGAACAAGCAGGCAGCCGAAGCCAUCGAAGCCUCCUUCCAGCUGGAGCCCCGUUUGGUCCAAGCCAAAAACCUCAUCAUCUUCCUCGGGGACGGCUUCGGGGUCCCAUCCCUCACGGCCACGCGGAUCCUAAAGGCUCAGAUGCAGGGGAAGCUCGGCCCCGAGACCCCUCUCUUCAUGGAUUCCUUCCCCUAUGUGGCUCUCUCCAAGACCUACAACGUGGACCGGCAAGUGGCCGACAGUGCGGGCACAGCCACGGCGUAUCUCUGCGGCGUGAAGGGCAAUUACAAGACGAUAGGAGUGAGCGCGGCUGCCCGCUACCAGCAGUGCAACACCACGGCGGGCAACGAGGUGAUCUCGGUGCUGCAGCGAGCCCGCAAUGCUGGGAAGGCGGUGGGCAUCGUGACGACGUCGCGGGUGCAGCACGCGUCGCCCUCGGGUGCCUACGCGCACGUGGUGGACCGCAACUGGUACGCGGAUGCCAGCAUGCCGGCCGAGGCCCUGGAUCAGGGCUGCAAGGACAUCGCCUGGCAGCUCGUCCACAACGUUGACAUCAACGUGAUCAUGGGAGGUGGACGCAUCUACAUGACCCCCGUGGGGACGCUGGACCCUGAGUAUCCCAACGUCGCCAACACGAGUGGCGUGCGCCUGGAUGGCGUCAACCUCAUCGAUGAGUGGCUGAACGCCAGGCCGGGUGCCCGCUAUGCCUGGAAUAGGACGGAGAUGCUAGCAGCGGCCGAUGACCCCGAAGUGACUUAUUUGAUGGGGCUGUUUGAGCCCAGCGACUUCAAGUAUGAAGUGCAGCGCAACACCCUUGUGGACCCCACACUCAGCGAGAUGACGGAGACGGCCAUCAAGAUCCUGAGCAGGAACCCCAAGGGCUUCUACCUCUUCGUGGAAGGCGGCAGGAUCGACCACGGCCACCACGAGGGCGCAGCCCACAAGGCGCUGACGGAGGCAGUGGCGUUCGAUGAUGCCAUCGAGCGGGCAAGUGACCUCACGGACGAGUCGGAGACCCUCACUGUGGUCACUGCUGACCAUUCGCAUGUCUUCUCCUUCGGCGGCUACACGCUGCGGGGCAGCUCCAUCUUCGGCCUGGCCCCCAGCAAAGCCACUGACGGGAUGUACUACACGUCCAUCCUCUACGGCAACGGACCCGGCUACCCAGGGACGUCCGGCAGGCCCGAUGUGAACAGCAGCGAGGCCGAGAUGUACGACUACAAGCAGCAGGCGGCCGUGCCCCUCAAUUCUGAGACCCAUGGCGGCGAGGACGUGGCCAUCCUGGCCAAGGGCCCCAUGGCGCACCUCUUCCAUGGCGUGCAGGAGCAGACCUACGUGGCCCACGCCAUGGCCUACGCUGCCUGCAUCGAGCCCUACACCUCGUGCCGCCAGCUGAACUCGGCACCCAGCGCCCAGGCCAGCCCCCUGGCCCUGCUCCUGGCUCCCCUCCUCCUGCUGCGCCUCCUCUGCUAG